AUGCCAGCCACACUCGAACCCAUCAGGCGGGUCAAGUGCACGUAUGCAGACUGCGACAUGUCUUUUGACACAGAGAAGAUCAUGAAGAACCACAAGAAGAACUUUGACGAUCACGAAUACUGUCACAAGUGCGACGAGGAUUUUGAAACUUUUGAAGACUACGCCAUGCACAAGAUCACACGGCCUGAGGAGCAUGGACAAGCAUGCCGCGUCUGUGGCGACGAGUUCAAGAGCACGUCUGGCUUAAAGCGUCACAUUGAGCGUAACCACAAGGUUGAUCAGGAGCUUACCUGCAUCGGCUGUCAGAAGUCCUUCUACCGUGCAUGCCUCUUCAUCGAGCACCUCGAGUUUGGUCACUGUGAGGUCAUUCAAGCCUCCCAGUUCCAAGGCCACGUCGUCCAUAAGCAUCUCGUUGAGAAAUAUCUAGAGGAUGGUCCAGCAUGGAACCGAUUGCAGCAAAAGAUGUCCAAGUACGAGGCAGCUAUCGACGUAGAAGAGGUCGGAGGUGUUCUGCUCAGCGAUGACCCCAUCGAUGACAGCGCAGACAUUGAGGACGUCAAAUUCGAGGCGAUCAAGCCCGAUCCUUCCCUAGAAGAGCCACACACUCCGGUCUUCAGCGGUCACUACCCUCCUCUGCCUACUCAGAGCGGGUUCAUGCCGGGCGUAGACAUGGAGGUUGCAUCGAUGAUAGGCGGCAUGUCUCUCAAUGGAGACGUCGAUGUCGACUCUGAUGGCUCAACGGUCAUCAGAUCUCCUGCUGCGUCCAAUUUCCCAACGAUCUCCCCAUCACCUUUCGGACGCGACGCUAUCCAGAGUCAGCAUGGCUCUUUCGUUCAUGAUGGUUCUGAGGUUCAGGGCUCCAGUGUUUCUUCGUCCAAUCAUGAGACCAAGGUUUGGGGCCUUCGCAAGGGCAAAUCAACAGGCUCUAUAUUGUUUCCGAACGCCAAACCCAAAGCUCCUCCCAGUGAAUUCUCUGUCUCUGCACACGAUGAGGCUAUGGAGCAUGCACAUGGUCCCAAUUUCUUUCGUGAUCGCUUCUGGGAUCCGAUGAGUUCCGACUGGAACCCAGAGAGGUUCUACGACUCAAUCGUCAACAAGUACUAUUGUCCAUUCGUCUGCGAGCAAAACUUUGACAUCCGCCAAGAUCUCAACAACCACAUUCUCGUCGACCACCGUAUAACACGCGUGAAGUGCCCCAAAUGCCUCAAGUACUUCAAGUCUGCCACCGCUCUCAUGGCUCACUGCGAAUCCCAUGGCUCUAAAUGUACCAUCAACCAUACUGAUAACUUUGGCGUCUUCCUCGACAGGAUGUCCGGUGGCUUCCUUGGUGUACAAGAGAAGAUCCGCCCUGAUCAUCUCAACACCAGACCCACCUUGCGGAGGAAUGCGGAGACUGGGCAUAUGGAGAUGUACAAGCCGCCUGUUGCUAGUUAUCUGCAGUAUACCGUCACUACGCCUCCGGACUGGAAGAAUCCCGUACACUCGGCCGUACAGAUCGGUGGUAUACCCAGGAAGUCACAGUGGUAA